AUGGAUUCUCCAACGCGUCCAAUUCUCAGCCCUUCCAAGGUCCUUAAUCAAGUAUCGCCGGACCGUAUGAAUCAACAAAACAUUUCCGCGUCCCCCUCUCUCCCCUCCGACCUCUUCAAUAUCCACCACAAAGGCAAUAAGGGAGUCUCAGAAGUGCAAGCCAAAGUGGCAUUUCUCAACAGUCUCUCCCGAGGGAGUCCCGGUGCCCAAGCACAAGCAGCAACAAAUCAUGCCGCGUUACAACGGGCAAUCCUUGGCCGGGAGGAAGCGGAAUCCGCCCUCACGACAGUUCAAGAAGAACUUUCUGAAGCACAAUCACGAGAACGCCGUAUCAGCGAGCGACUCGAAUCAUUAUUAGAAGAGCUACACGGCACUAAAGAACGCCAAGCGCACGAACGAUCGAUUUUCGAGAAAGAAAUCCGGAAAGCCAGGAAAGAAGCGUUCCGAGCGGGAUCUACACUAGUCAAUCUGCAAGAAGAAUUAAAACACGCCAAGUCGGAAUCAAAAGCCUUGAAAUAUGAGGUCUCUGCCGAGCGGGAAUCCAAGGAUAAAGCGAAACAAGAAGCCUUCGAACGCGCAUACGCACUUGCCGGCCUUACUGAAGAACUUGAGGUUCUUAAGGGAAAGUUACGAUCAAUGGAGGCAUCCAACCACUCGAAUAAACUGGAGGUGCGCGCCCACGAGAUCCGCAAGGAAGACUUUGGCAGAUUAUCCUUGGCCGAGGGUGAUCUUGCGUUCUUGACAACCCCCCGUCGCCCAAAGCGAGCGGCUACGGACUCGAUAAGAUCAUUUUCUCAAGAGGGAGAGUUGGAAGAAGUUGCAGAGGCCACACCCCCGAAACGCCAACGCCUAUCCGAAGUUAAUUCUCCGGUCAAGGAUUCGCCCACAACAACGAUUACUCCUGCCUCGGAAACCGGCGAUGAAACAGUUGAUGAUCUUAAAGAUGAACUCCACUUUGAGCGUCGCCGACGGAUUGAAGCGGAGGAUAUGAUUCACUACAUGAAUAUUGAGUGCCAGUUUGAGCAAUGUUCGUGCCGAAUCGCUGAGCGCGAUGGCCGCCGCUAUAUAUACGAUGCCGAAUAUUUCGAGAAGUUUCAAAAACCUCAAUUAGAAGCAAAAGCAAAAAUUGAGGCAAAGGAACAAGCGAGAUUGGUUGCGCAAGCCCAGGCGGAUGAAGAGGAAGCUCGACGAGUGGAAGCAGAGGCUCAGGCCCAAGCAGAAGCCCAGGCUGAAGCUGAGGCGAAGGAAACUCGACGCGCCCAAGCAGAAGCUCAGGCGCAGGCAGAGGCAGCGGAAGCGGCAGCUCGACGAGCCGAGGUGGAAGCCCAAGCGCGGGCAAAGGCAGAGGCGGAAGCAGCUCGACGAGCUCAAGCAGAAGCUCAAGCGCGGGCAGAUGCAGAAGCAGAGCAAGCAGCCCAGCGGGCCCAAGCAGAAGAACAGUCAAGGCGAGCAGCAGAAGAAGCGGAAGCAGAGGCCAUUCGAAGAGCCCGUAUUUCUCACCCUGCUCCUCAAUCCAGCCACACACCAUCCGUCGAGCCCCCGGCAACCAUCGCACGUCAACACGAACUUAGUAUGGCAGUGCAGGUGAAGCCAGAGCCAACAGAACCUCCCGAGCGCAUGCCUAUUCCCGAGGAGCCCUUGGUGACAUUCUCGCCAGAGACGGGCACCUUCAAGACGUUCCCAUCGCCCAUUCGCGACAAUGCUAGACCUCCGCCUCCACCCCGACGUGACGACAACGACAACCUCUUGUCGCCCACGCCUAAAAACCAAUCAGUUCGCUCUCUUCACGGAUGGAGAGAAUCUGCUUCCUCAACUCAGAAUCGCGAGUCUUUCACCCCAUCCGAAGAGCCUCGAUCAUCCAGAAUGUCCCACCGUGAAUCACAGUCAGAAAAACCUGCUGCUGCCAGAAGCCAGCCUCGUGAAUAUAUCGAAGAGCGACCAGCAAGGACUCGUGAUAGAGUUGAUCAUCCCUCCCACUCAACCACUAAGCGGGUUCCUCUCCGUGAGGCCAUUGACUCCCAGAGCUUGCCUUCAUUUCUCCCCGAUCAACCCAUCAACCGCGAAGAGGCCCUCGCACAGAUCAGAGCCCGACGUGGCCGCGCCCGUAGCAAGGUGAGAUCAGUAAGCGCCAAUGAAGUGACCGGCCGCGCUGCUGGAUCAACUGGCAGCACCGCCACAACACCUGGUCGGGGUCCACGACGCAUCCCUAACCUCCAAACGAACACUUCAAGAAGUGAAAAUGACUUGGGCGAGCGUCGGGACAUGAGCGCUCCAAUCCGUAUGUUUCGGCGGUGA